AACGACCCAGCCAAUAUUUUUAUUCAAAGCUCCCUCUACAGUCUAAACCGCACUUUACUCUUCCCCCCCUUCCCCACGCUCUGCAUCUCUUCACCCCCUGCGGAGUCUUCCCGUUCGUCAGACUUUGAACAGAAAAAGAGAUCUUUUCAAGCUCUGCUUUGAUCAGAAGCAGAUGGGAGAUAUGGCUUCGCCCCCGACGGGCAUUGAUUUGCUGAAGACCGAGCUUCCUGUUGAUCAGGAAGCUUUCGUGCUCAACGGCGAUGUUAAAACUGGGCUUGUUAUGGUCGACUUAGUUAACGGCUUCUGCACUGUUGGCGCUGGCAACUUGGCUCCAAUGCAGCCUGACAAGCAGAUUUCGGGAAUGAUUGAGGAAUCAGUAAGGCUUGCUCGAGCUUUCUGCGAUAAGAAAUGGCCCGUGUUCGCUUUCCUCGACACACACCAUCGUGACGUUCCCGAGCCUCCUUACCCGCCUCAUUGCAUCGCUGGUACAGAUGAAGCAAAUCUAGUUCCUGAACUUCAGUGGUUAGAGAAUGAGGCUAACGCCACCCUGAGGCGUAAAGAUUGCAUUGAUGGGUUCAUUGGUUGUGUUGAGAAAGAUGGAUCCAAUAUGUUUGUGGAUUGGGUUGUGAACAAUCAAAUCCAAGCUAUAUUGGUGGUAGGGAUAUGCACAGAUAUCUGCGUGCUGGAUUUCAUUUGUUCAGCAUUAUCUGCCAGGAAUCGUGGUUUGCUUUCCCCUUUGCAAGAUGUGGUUGUUUACUCUCACGGUUGUGCAACAUUCGACCUUCCUGCUCGUGUUGCUAGAGCUGCUAAAGAUGUUAUAGCUCAUCCGCAGGAGCUGAUGCAUCACAUCGGCCUAUACAUAGCAAAGGGGAGGGGAGCCAAAGUAGUAUCUGAGGUGACAUUUAGUUAACUAGAAGAGCCUGAGGUUUUUAGGAUAAGAGCCUGAGAGUUUCUAUUUCAUGAGCAGAUGGAAUUCAUGUGCUGCCACUGAUGCUCAUAUAUGUGUGUCUUUGAUUUUAGUUACUUCAAUGUUCUUUAUGUUGUUGAUAGUUUAGUGCUGCUUAAAUCGUCUUUUCAUGGAUCGUUGAAUGCGGGGCAAAGGAAAAGUAUCAUGUAAUUACCUGCAAACAGUUGAAAUUAUUAAAUCAUGUUUAUCAGCAAACAGUUGUAUCUCUGUUUGAUGAGUUGUUAUAAAUGGU